AUGCGGCCACCACGCCUCCUCGUGGCGCUCUUCUGCCUAAUCUUCUUCCCUAUCUUCGUCACCUUAUUUUCAGCGCUCUCUUCUUCUGAUGUAGCGACUCCCACUACACUCACUGGCCGGCAGUCCGGACUGCACGCCCUGUUCUCAUUUAACAUUCCGACCUCCCUGUUCCCCCCAUCGGCGAUCAUCAGUCUGACCGAUGACAACUCAACCUUCUUCCUCGCCCGCCCGGCGGCAUUUGGUCCGCUACUGCCUAGCAAAAGCCUAAGCGGUCAACUGUGGGUAGGCAGUGGAUUUGGCGAAGGAGGGCUGGCUGCCGGCGUCGAAGGGGAACUAGGUUGCUCUGAUAUCCCUGGCUGGGGUGAAGGAAACGGCCCCAAGCUGCCAGACACCUCCCCCAGGGGCGCAGACCAGAAAUCCGGCAAGUCCGGAGGUGGUACAGUAAAAGAGGGGGCUGUUUCACAAAAUACACGGUCACCAUCGCAGCCUGAGGGCUGGCAGAAUGCCAAAGAUGAUACCUCGACUCCCCCCUCAUCGAGUGACGGUACUGACGAUCACCUUCACCACCCGUUACCCGAAUCCAGUGGGUCAGAGAUUGGCGCAAACCAAAAGCACGGAGACUACGUACAGGUCAAAAAGUCCACCCAUGCGGACAUUCAAUCGCUACAAGAAACCGCGGAGAUACAGGGCAAAGUGGUGUUGCUAAGCCGCGGUGGCUGUGGGUUCCUUGAGAAGGUCAAAUGGGCCCAACGCCGCGGAGCUAUCGCGCUGAUUGUUGGUGAUGAUACUCGUGGUGGUAGCCUAGUUACCAUGUAUGCACGGGGGGACACGUCCAAUGUGACCAUCCCCGCACUUUUCACUUCUCAUACGACCGCCCACCUUCUUUCAUCUUUGAUACCGGCGCACUCUGGCGCAAAUUCUGGCUUGGGCGAAGCCCUUAAAUCUCUACAGGCAAACCUUGCUGGCAAAGCCAAUGCGGACUUUCAAAAAGCUGCAACCACUGCGACUGCGACCGCAAGUUCUACGCCCACGUCAACGAAGACCUCAACGAAAGAACGCCCCACGUCUGCGACGAAGUCUGGCGCUGGGUUCUUCCGUACCUUAGGCUCCUUCUUCGGGCUGUGCAAUAAGUUCGGUGGUCCAAGGGGUGUCGAAGAGAGCCGACGUCCGCCGAGCAGUGGUAACAUCGAUUGGAUGACCUGGGAUAUAACCGAAGGCCGAGUCGACCGCACCAAGAGCUCCUUGUCUUACAAUAGCCGGAACCAAGGCAAAAAUGAUGAUAAACUGGAUAGCAACAAGGUUGGACUGGUAGCUGACAGCUUUGAGGCUGAUGAUUUUGUUAUUGGGGUUCAAGAUUGGAGGGACCCUGACUUGAUGCCUCCACGAGGCAGCACUCUCCCGACGACAAGUACUACUGCAACCGGGAAAGAUGCUUCGAAAACCUCCGUCCCAGGGUCAGAGGCCGUUUCCUCCAAUGUUCUGCGUGGUGGUAGCAUCACCCCCGGAAGUGGAGAGUACCAAAGUAUCGACAAAUCUACCGGAAAAUCCCGUGAUUCGGCGACGAAAGACUCCGGAAAAGAUGCCCAUGCGACUAAAGAAGAAACCAAAUCAUCUGAACAGGGCUGGUUCGCCAGUCAUUUCGGCUGGAGUGAUGAACAGAUGCAGGAUGCUCAACCGUCUGCUUCGCCUUCCAUUCAGAAUUUCGUUACCAACCAGAAAACGCAAAAUGCGGCACAUUCUUCAAACACACCAGCUACCAUGUUUUCUGAGCAUGAAGGUCUUUGGGUGACUUUGACACCCACAAGCAUGUCAACGAGCCCAUUUUUCGAUACCCUUUUGGUUCUCGUGAUCAGUCCACUCCUAACACUCACGGUGGUCUAUGCGCUUCUGCUUCUCCGAUCACGCAUGCGACGGCGCCGCUGGCGUGCACCGAAGUCUGUUGUUGAGCGCCUUCCCGUUCGAACGUACCAUACUAUCUCCAAUAGCUCCUCCUCCUCAAGCUCUCCGCGUCCAUGCAGCCCUGGAGCUGCCUUACCGACUUCUCCUCUCCUUAGCAAUGAUUGCCAAUCGAGUCCAUCGCGGCCAACCCAAUCGCGGUCUCAGACCAUUGCUGGGGUGACACUAGAUUCUGGAUCCCACAAGGACGAGAAAACAACUAGUUUCCAGUCGGGCUCGAUUUUAUGGCGACGUAAGUAUACCGGUAGACAAGUGGAGUGUGUUGUUUGCCUGGAAGAAUAUAUCGAUGGACAAAGUCGAGUGAUGAGUUUGCCUUGUGGCCACGAGUUCCACGCCGAAUGCAUCACACCUUGGCUUACCACUCGUCGACGAACCUGCCCUAUCUGUAAGGGCGACGUUGUACGUUCGAUGGCCCAUUCCCAUGGCGACGAUGCUCACUUUGAUAGCGAGCAGUCCGCUGGCCUUGGAAUCCAAGAGGUGGAAUCUUCCGUUGAUGCAUCAUCCGCCCCUGUCCUCAUUACGGGUAUCAGCAACGACGCUUCUGAUGUCGAGGAGAACCGAGGUCUUCUUGGAGGUCAAUCAGCCUCUGCACCUCAGGCAAGCUGGAGAAAUCUAGCGUCCCUGAGUCUGUCUGCUCUUAGCGGUGAUACCAUCUGGCACCAGGCUCGUGCCGAUCGGAAUCGCUGA